UUCGUGUUCGACCGUGACGAAGAAAGAGCGAUGGCGGACCUGCCGUUGCAGAACAAGCUAGCCGUGGCAUUUCUUGGCCCAUUAGGCACUUAUACGUACCAGGCCGCAUACGAAAAAUUUGGGAGUGACGUCGAAUAUAUUGAACAAAAUUCCAUUGCAGAGGUAUUUGACUCACUGUCUACUACAGUCGACAUAGGCAUAGUACCUCAAGAAAAUUCGAUUUUCGGGCCAGUUAUCGAGACGUACGAUUGCUUGCGCAAAGAUGACCCCGUCUUUGUCCGGGAUGAAAUUAUUCUGGCAAUUCAGCAUUGUCUAAUUGUUCGGAAGGGGGUCAAACUUUCUGAUAUCGAUUGUGUUAUGAGUCAUGAACAGGCUCUUGGACAAUGUCGGUUGUUCAUCGAGAAGCAUCUCCCACAUGCAUCACUCAAGAAGAUGCCGUCGACUUCAGCGGCGGCGAAAGCUCUUCUCUCGAGUCCUCUUUCUUAUGCGGCUAUAUGCUCAAAAGCGUGUUUGACCGUUUUUGACGGGCUUGACAUAUUGAAUGAAGGGAUCCAAGAUCAACACUCGAAUUUCACCCGUUUUUAUGUUGUGGCGAAACCCUCAAAUGGUGUGCCGUCACGGACAAAGCGGCGCACCCGAGCUCUUCUUCGUUUAUCGGUGGACGUAACAAAUAAAUCAGCCAGUAUUAUGACACUCUUGGCUGCCUUGAGGAUGGACUGCAUCUCGCGAAUAGAUCGUCGGCCGGCUCUCGACAACGCUACUUUUCAUGAUAUAUAUUUUGUAGAACUUGAUUCAUUAGGCCAAGACAUUUGGGAAAGUGAAGUAGAGCAUGCGCUUGAGCGAGUUAGACUGGCCGGUGGAACGGGGAAGCUUUUAGGUAUCUGGUAGAACGAUACAAAAAGAUCUUUCUAAUUUUUUAAAUAGUAGAAUACAUAUACCUGUGUAGUUACACCAUCAGCCUAGAUCAUCGUAACGGAACUGUACAAACUCAGUCUUCGAGGUUGGUCUCCUCAAUUAACGCUUUUGCGGUGGGGGACCGCGGCUCGAUCUGGCACUUGAAAGGAAGAGGAUGACUACAAACAACAUCGGUUCAUCAUUGUCAUCCAUAAACUUAAGCACCCAUACCUGAGAAUGGUUGAACUGUAAAG